AUGACAGUACUGCUGCAUGUGUCAUGUGUGUUCCAGCAACGUGCAAUCGCCGUCGUUUUACUGAAAUAUCAGUCCAACAGCGCCCAGCCCAAAGCUGUCCAUCCUGAUUCAGACCAGCAGCAGGCAGAGCCAGAGAGUCUGUUGCUACAGAUUGAAGCUCUACAAUCUCAGAUGAAGGAACAAGCUGAGCUAUCUAGAGAGCGGACGGAAGCCUUGCUGGAGGAUCGUAGGGUCAGGAUGGAAGAGAUGCAGACUGUGAUUGAGAGAGAUCGCUCCAAGAUUCACUCCCUCAAUGAAAAGUUACAUCGUACACAGCAGAUGUUGUAUGACAGCACUAAGGACUAUCUAGAGCUGAAGUAUGAAGGACGAUCUCAGGAGCGAGUCUGGAUGGCAGAGAAGGACCGUCUACUACAGGAGCUGGAUCGAUGUAAGGAACAACUAGAUGUCUCCAAAGAUGACGUCUUAGUCAUCUCAGAUCAUGCACUGGAAGAGAGACAAACACAGAACUUGGAAAUUGAGGAUAAGACGGAAAAGCUUGCUAAGCGUUUACACCUGAUGAACCAGCGGUAUGAGGCCAUGGAGAAGCGACGGAAUCUGGAGAUAGAAGGUUUCAAGAAUGAUACCCGAAUCUUGAGAAACCAACUCAAGGAUGUUGAGAAGCAACUCUACAAGGUGACAGUGGGUGUUGGGGAAGAUGGUGAUAUGUUCAUGCUGCAUAAUAUUCAUCAGACAGCUAAGAGAUCAAAGAAGAUGCAGAGUGAGCUACAUCAACUCAAGGCUCUGAUCUAUGGCGUGGAAACAGACCUCAGGAAUCUCUAG